CGUUUUGUUAGCACCCCUGUAGAUCUGGUCUCGUUGGAAUCGCAAUCUGAUCUCGAUUCUCUUGAUGAUGAAGCAUCCUUCUCUCGCUUUCUCUCUCUCACCCUUCCUCUUCCUCUUCUUCCUUGGAGAUUGGACGGUUUGGGGGCCAGAUUAUCUAAGCAGGAGCUGGGAAUACAAGGUACGAGUACAAGCGUCCAAUGUACCGAGUACGAACCUCGAGUCGCAGUACCGGAUCGUCGCGAGUGUCACCCCAGUCCAGGGCCAUGAGCGACUCUCGGGACCGAACUCAUCUCCAUGCGGCGCCUGCUCAGGGUUCGCCCAUCACGGGAGUGAUUGCUACCAAAAGUACCAAUUACCCGAAUCGUAUCCUUUUUGCGCCAAGAGGGGAGCAACACCCGUUCAAGCCCACAGUUGCGGCGUGUUCCAAGACCUCAGAACGUUGCCCGCUGGCGCUUAUCUCACUGCCAGCAAGCGAGAUCCAUUGCAUAGUCGGGAUGAGGUGAGGGUAAUACCGACCAAGGCACACGCGCAUCUGCCGCAGGGCUCUGCUCAGAACGGACGGGCCUACCAGUACGAGGCAUCACACCAGACAGACACGAUCGACGAUGGAGAUCAUGCCGACUGA